AUGGCCGACAACGCGCAACCUCCGCCUAACGCGGAUGCCGAGACUAUGGACGAUUUGGACGCCACGGUGGAAGGAGAAAUCAACGCCGAGAACACUCAACAACCAGAAGCGAUGAACCUUGAUGGCGCAAACGACACGGAAGCACCCCAAAGGAACGGCGUCGCUACCGAGCACCCAAUAGAAACGCGCAUACCCGCGAAGAAGGAUGCGACGCUGCGUGAAUUCCUCUCUAAGAUGGACGACUUCGCGCCCAUUAUCCCAGAUGCAGUCACAAACUACUACCUGACCCGCGCCGGUCUGCCACCACCGCCACAAACGUCGCCGCACCUUGCGCGUCUCCUUGCUCUCGCGACCCAGAAGUUCAUUGCUGAUAUCGCCGCCGACGCUUACCAAUUCUCGCGCAUACGAGCCUCCAACACUACAAGUAACAAUCCCAUGGGCGGACUGGCCGGCGGAGCAGGUCCCCAGGGCGCAGCAGCACCUGGCGGGGCACAAGGCGGUAAGGAGAAAGCCAAGGAUCUCGCUUUGGGCGCGCCGCGUGCAGGAUAUGGUGGAGGUGGACAGGGUGGUGGUCAAGGCCGGACUGUCCUCACCAUGGAGGAUCUGGGCAUGGCCGUGGGCGAAUACGGCGUCAACAUCAAGCGUGGGGAGUUCUACCGCUAA